AUGACUGGUUGCCUCGACAAGUCAGAGGCAUUACGCGAUCUCCGCGCCUCCAGACUCUCGCGCUACCAAGGCCUGCUCAUUCGCGUCGUCAAGCUGGGCGAUCUCUUGGGCGAGUCCAAAGAGGCAGUGGAGGCCCGGCUUGGCCACUUGAGGCGCUUCGAGUCCUCGAGUCCUGAACUUCCCGACCAAAGCCUGAGUUCGCCUUCGACCGAGUGGCCCACUCGUGUUGUUGGGGCUCGAGUCCCACUCGUCUCGGCCAUGCUACAGUGGCUUGAUGAGGUCUUGGUACAAGUCUGGCUGAAGGUAGUACAAGAGUCAGAGCAUUGCCAUCUUCUGCAUUAA